AUUAAAUUAGUUUUAAAGAUUAAGUUAGGUUUAGAGAUUAAAUUAGUUUUAGAGAUUAGGUUAGGUUUUGUUCUUCUAGGCAGAUGAUAGUUGAUGGUAAACUACCCACCAACUACAACUAUACAGAUGUCCCGCAGUUAAAUGGAUAUUUUGUCAAUUCAACUCAUGUUCAGAGAAAUGGUUCGAUCAUAAAUCUUCAUCUCCAAGAAGAGGAAAUAAAAUAUAAAGAUUUUAAAAGGUUUUUGAUGAUGAACAGAUAUUAUUUGGAGGAAGAAUUAGCGAAGGAGGUUUCUCCGGAGAAAAUAGAGAAAAUUCAAGCAAGAAUACAAAACAAAAUAAA